AUGACCCCUCGCAAGGGACGAGGCGGUCGAGCAAACAACCACAACCACAACCAGGACAAUAAUAACCAUCAUCUCACAAACUACCUUAAUUACCAACACAACAAUCAAUAUCUCGCACAAUUCCCCAUGGGCAUCCCUCAACAAAUACCGACCACCAACUACGACUCUAUGGAUAACACAUAUUACUACUCCGACACCCCACAACAACCGCCACCACCACCACCACCACCAGCAAAACUCACCAACGAAGAACUCAACAUCUCCGUCCUCCGCCGCCACAAUGCCGCCGUAACAUCCAUCCUCUCCCUCGCACCCUAUGUGGUGGUCUAUACAUUCAACCCGGCGACACAACAAUGGGAAAAGAAAGGCAUAGAAGGCACAAUGUUUAUUUGCCAACUAACCCAGGGAUCCUACGGGGAAGAACGAUAUAGCGUCUUCGUCCUCAAUAGGCGCGGACUAAACAAUUUCGAUAUUCUGUUGACGGAUGGCGAGAACGUGCAGCUUACGGAUGAGUUUGUGAUACUCAAAUCUGAAAAGGAAGCGACGGAUGAGAUUAUAGGGUUAUGGAUCUUUUCGGAACCGCCGCCAAACUCGACUGCGGAAACGCGCAAAAUAAAUGCGGAGGUUAUUAAGGAGUGUGCAACGCAUGCAGGGAAGAGUUUGGCUUUAGCGAAAGAGAUCUUGGCUGCGCAGCAACAUCAACAGCAACAACAACAACAACAGAGCGUACCGAUGGGGAGACAGAUAUCGUUAAAGGAAUUGUUUGGGCAACAACGUGCUCAGGACGAUGGGUUCAGUCAGCCUUAUCCAGGUGCUGGUGGCGUUGACAUGUCUGCUGAAGCUGCUACGAAUGGAGAAGGGACGAAUUGGGGACACAAUCCGGCGGUGCAAGCUCCUAUAGUACCGUCUCCGGGACAAUUGCCAUCUGCAGCAGCGCAGGUUAUGAAUCAGCCUGGUGGGAAUAUUUUGACGGAUCUGUUCCGGAGAGCGGGAUUGGUGAAUCAGAACUGA